CAAUUCCUCGUGAGUGUGUGAAGCCUGGUGGUGUUGUGAGACAUUCCUGGCCAGCUGACUGACGACAACACGUGUAUUAUAGGCUUAAUGGCAUCAUGUUUGUGGUUUAGGAUGGUGGGUGUGUGUACGGCAGGUUAAUGAGGAUAAAGGACGUGUUUUGGUGCUGGAGACGGCAGGAAGAAUGACUGAUGACACCCUGGAGAACAAUGUCUUCUACAGGCGCAUUAAGGAGCAUUAUGGGGAGAAGAUGGCAGGAUGGUGUGAGCCUAACUGGGUGAUCUGUGUGCCUCAACAAUCUGCCGUUGAGAAUGUGCCACUUACACUUCCUCUUAUAGAGGCACAUGCUCUGAAGCAGUACAGCCCAACUGGUCAGUAUGUGAGUGCCCAUUUUGGAAAGGACUUGAUAUAUGAGAUAACUGGUGAGGAGCCUCGGGUUAUCAUCUCCAAUGAAGAAGAGGGGACGGAGGUUGUGGUUUCAAAAACAACUGUUCUUAAUGAGUACCUGGUCACUAUUAAGGACAAGGUCAUCCAUAUAUUGCUGUUAAACAAAUUGCUCAAUACUACACAGGACCAAGAUGCUGAAGUGUCAAAUCACCUCCUCACAACAACAAUCACCUCAUUUGCUCAAGCAGAAAGAUUCUUGCGCAAGUUCCACUGCCACAGGCCACUCCUUCAAGAGAUUGACACAAAGGUGAUAGAGGCAUCUGAGCACAUCCAUCCAUCAAAUGAUGUGGAUCAGAUGCAGAAUAUAUUGCAAGAUGUGCUCAUACACUGCUGGGAAACCCUCCUUAAGAAACAUUCCCCCACUCUCCAGACACAUACCACCUUCCAGGAUUUACUUUUCAGAGCAUUGGAUUACUAUGUAUUGGGUCGACUGCAUGAGAUGUUGUGGUGGCUAGUGUGUGAGCGCUGUCAAGUGGUUGAUCAAUUGGUUAAGACAAGAUUAUCUCACCUGCGCCAUGCUAACCUUUCUUCUCUCCAGCUUGGUGUUCCUGCCAACUACUACACCCCUCUUCCUGCAGCAGUGGUGGAGUUGGCAUCACUGCCCAGUGUUGAGAGUGCUGUUGGGCGUCUGCAGUGCAUCAACUCUACCAUUGACCUUAUCCAAGCUCAGGCCAAGGAAGCAAGAGUUAAUCUGCACCAGUACAAAGAUCAAGAGGGCGAACCAGAAUUACUUCUAAGUACAGAGGAGUUGGUGGCCUUGUUAACAACAGUAGUGGUACAAGCUCAGUGCUCUCACCUGGUUGCCAAUAUCUAUUACAUGACCCACUUCGUGUUCUCUGUCACUGAGGAGGAUCCACUCUGGAAAAGCCUUGGUCUCCUGCGACUCACACUGGAGAAUAUAAUGAAACUAGAUGUGGCUCGUCUUCCACCGGCCAACAAGAACAUGCGAAAGGAGCUCUCACUUCAGGACCUCAUGCAGGUUAGUGCUGAGGUGGAGUCACGAUUUGAGACAAAGGGAGCCAGUCGCAGUAUUGGUGAUAUUACUGCCUUGGAUCUGCAGCUUCACCAACUGACCCAGCAGAUCCAACUCUCUACCCAAGCACUCUCAGACACUCACUUGACUGAGAGAAAUUCAGCCAGUCAUGGGUCUGGAGCUCAGCAAUGUCACCUACACAAGAUAGUGGCAAAGUGCAGAGUUUUAGGGAGUUUCUGUCAAGCAUUCCAUCUUCCCUGCGUGAGAGCCUGACGCGAAGACAGUCUCAGCAGAGAAGUGCCAUUCAGUCACACUCAAUGGGUAGCAAAAUAUUGUCCACCAGAGAUCUAACGAAAAGUUAUUAUAUUGUUGUUGAUAUUGCUGUAAUGUCAUUCAGCUUAUCUUCUUACUGUUGAAUUUUUUUUAAAUCUUUAAGAGGGCAAAUAUACAGUACUGUAUUUGUGAAAAGGUUCUCAACUAAGAACUUAUAUUAACCUCAGAGUCAUGAUUGAAACAGUAGUUCCACACAAGUAAAGAUAAAUGAUGAUGCUAAUUUGUAUUUCAGUAGUAAACAUAGUGCCUGUGGAUGUUAGGUUGCAUUUUGUGCAUGUACCAUAUCAUCACGAUGGCUGCAGAGGCAGUGUACAAAGUACUGUUGUAACUUGUGCAGCAUGUUGUUCCUGUUCCCAUUGCCUGAAUUCACAUUCAUUGUAAGUAUGAUGUGCAAAACAUUGAAAUUAAUGAUGAGUGGAGUUUUCUUGCGUUAUUUAAAAUACUAAGGCAAGUUUAGAGCUUUAUGGUGCUUUACAUAAGGAGAGAAUUUAAGUGAAAAUAUACUGGAACUUGUUAUCUGUGAAGUAUGUGAGUAGACGUGGCACUUUACAAGUGUCUUUCUUAAUUCCAAACUUACAGGCAGGAUUUAGGCAAGCAGCUGGAUUAAUUAAGUAGUUUGUUACUAAGUAAAGACAGAUCAGGAUUGUAUAUUAAUCCUGCCAUGUUUAAACCAUAUACAGAAGUACCUAAUGCCCUACACUGAAAAAGUUGCCUCCUUAUCCUUGUUGGGCAUGUUGGAUUAUUACAUGCCUUUUGCAAAGUAGUUUAAGAUGAACUAAAGGUUUAUUGGAAGGAGAAUAUGCUAGUGGAGCAGCUUUUGCAUUUUUUACCCUAAAAAGGUGGCUAUAUUUACGUGUGCUAUUCGGCAGGGACGGAAUAUAUUUCGCUAUAUAGAAGCGAGCAAAUGCUGAAGAUAAUGUUGUUCAAAUACAUUACAUGUAGAAUGCACCUUAAAUGAGAUUUUUUUUAUUAGAAAGCUGAAUCUUUUUUUCUACAAAUUCAUAAUUAGUCAAGAAAUACAGGUACUAGAAAUAAUAAUUUCUUGGAGAAAUCUUGAGUUGAACUGGACAUACAUGUUUUCCUGGCUCUGGGGUGAGCCACCAGCAUCGUCAUAGUAACCAGACAACAACAUAGCCAGGAGUGCACCCAAACAAUGGCGCAAAAACCUAAACAUCAUAUGAUGUUCGCAGCCCUUUAACCCUUAUGCCCCGGGUGAUGUACUAAGAUGCCCGACUGGCGCGCCCCAGGUGACGUACUAAGAUGCCCGACUGGCGCCCCAGGUGACGUACUAAGACGCCCCGACUAGCCGCCCAGGUGACGUACUAAGACGCCCGACUGGCGUGCCCCAGGUGACGAUACUAAGACACCCGCUAGCAUGCCCCAGGUGACGUACUAAGACGCACCAUUUCCUGCCACUGUUUAAAUGCCCAGCGCUGGUUAUCGGGUUCCAGUGUGACUAUUUGCCUGUCUCGCCACAGGGAAGCUUCCUGAACAUAAUUACUUACUUUUGUUUGUUUCAUUUCCAUUGUUUGUCAAUUUUAUCGUUGUAUCAAAAUAAUAUUGCUGAAAGUAGUGUAGUUGUAUUGUAGUGUAGUAUUACUGAAAAUAAUGCUAUGAUUAUGUUAUAAAUGAAUUUAUUUGUGGAAUUAUUAUUUUAUUCAUUACUUGCUCUUCCAAACACAAAGGCAGCCUGGAGACCGACUGUGUGUGUUGCCAAGUUUUUUUUAUGAAAAAUAAUGCAAAUAAAAUAUUCUAUAUGAAUUAUUUAUAGAAAAUAAGUUAUAUGAUCAGUAAAUAUAUGCAUUAUUGGCCAUCUCAGACACAAAAGCAAGCUAAAAAUAGCUGGUAAGUGACCACGAGCUCAGCUGUCAAAACACUGUCUCCUUAUAUCCCUCCCUACACCCUCCCUCAGUGCUGCCAGGGAAGUUUCUAGAGGGCCAAUAUAUAGUUUUUCUUACUUAUUUGUUAUUGUUUUAUCAUUUAAAAAGGUUAAAAUUAUUUUUGGAAAAGUUUUGAUUUUCUCGAUUUACUCACGCUUGGGGGGUACUACCAGCAGCACCCUACCCCGGGCUUAAGGGUUAAGCAGUUGGCAGCGAAACUGCCACACACUUUUCAACUUGAUCUAUGUAUUUUUCUAGUUAUUUGAAAAUAAUAAUAAUAAUAAUAAUAAUAAUGUUUUCAAUGUUAUAUCAUUGGAAAUUUUGCACAAUUUCUGUUAAGUAAAACAAAUUGGCAGUUUUCUGGUUUCAUAAAACUUAAGUCAUCCUGUGUGGUCAUCCUGCCCCAGGAGAUCCUCCUCUCCACCCGUAUCUUCUAGCAUUUGUUUCUAGACUUCUACUAUAAUAUUAAAUAAGAAGGUUAGUGGAGAGCAAUUUUAUAUGACCAUGAUAUUGGUAGUGGGUCUCCUUGGCAGUUAAUGUCUGUCAUGAAUGACUUUCAGAAGAUUAUCCCAAACAAAGCAUUGUUCCAAGUAAGAUUUGUUCAAGUUUAUGAAAAAUUUAUUGGUUUAGUAAAAAUAAGCAAAAUGAAGUUAUAGGUUAGUUAUUGGUUGAAAUUAUAUAUUGCUCUAAAAGUCAUACACAGUAAAUAUAAUUUUUGAGAUUAGUUAGUAAGAUUUUGUACAGCAAGGAUAGUGUUGUGUUGUAUGUACUGUACACAAGUUUGGCACAUACUGUAGGGUAAGUAGUGGCACCUUGUGACUUUCUGGUGCUGGGAUAUACAUACAAUUUGCCUUUCCAAUGUGAACAUGUAUGCGAGUGUAAAUAUUUAACAUAAUAAAUUAUAUUUAAUAUUUGCAUAAUAAAUGUUUAUAUACUUAACAUUUCUUAGCAUUGUUGUACAUUUAGGAAUACAGUAAACCCUUGAUUUCUAUGGCAAUUAUAUUCCUGAAGAACACUGUGAAUGUCAUAUCGGCAGAAUUUGGGGAAACUUGGAUGCAUUCCAGGACCUAGAUUUCUACCACCCAGUAUAUUAAAUCUAACAAAAUAAACUGGAACUAUCCAAUUCUAGUGAGGAUUUUGAGAGUGAUGAACUGCCUGAAAACUCUGGCAUACCCGGUAUUGGUCAGAGGAAGGUUACUGCUGUGCUAUGGUGGGUAGACUUUUUUUUUGGGGGGGGAGGGGGUUUGCUUGUUGCGUUGACUUGACUCUCAUUUGUUCUCAUUGCAUUUACACCUACAUUUGCUAGUAAUUGUGCUGCAAUAUUAUAAUAAUUGUCUCUUGUUUGUACACAUUCAGUAUAAACGGAAGAGAAAAAAAAAUGUGUAAGUAAUCCUGUACUGUAACUAAGAUUCCUAGCAACUUGGUAAGUGGAGGAGGGAACCCUCCUCUUCAGACACACCACAUUGAUAUAUGAUCUAGUCAUUGGGCUGGGUUAAGUCACAUCACUCCGUUUGGUCAUUUACUGGUAUGGCACGUCCUCCUACUGCCCAAUAGCUAGGACAAUCACAGCAUGGGACGAAUACAAAAUUAAAAAUUA